CCUUCCCCGGCAAAGCAGCAACAAGUGUGCUCGGGUGGCGCUCCCUUUCGAUUUGGUUGGCUUCAUGUCUCAAUGCCAACGUCCUUACGGCAAGUGUGAGUUUUUUGCGCAAGUAUCUUGCUUCUUAUAUAUGGAAGGGCUUCUUGAGAUGGAAUGGUGGUAUCCUCAAAGGGACUCCUGCAAUUUAUGCUGCCUAUGCUCUACAAGAUUUACCAAUUCUAGUUUACCUUCAGUUCUUGCCAUAUGUGGCCUCUGUUGGAGCAAGUGAAUGCAUUUGUGUGUGUCUUUUCUCCAUUGACUACAGAAAUCUAAAAGUUUCAUUGUACUUGGAAUUGGAAAGGACGCUAAUGAUACCACCUCUGAAAUUAACUUUGCUCUGCUUCAGUGUCUUGAUCUUGUUUCGAUGUGCAUCAAGCGAUGAAUUACAAAAAUUCAGAUGGACCUGUAUAUGCCACCCCGGUUCUGUAGAAGCACCAAAAAAGUCUUCCAAUUGUUCCGCGCCUUGCAACUGCACACUUGAUAUUAGAGGACAAGAGAGGGAGAGUUGGAAUUGCUCGUGUGUAUCAGAGGGCUCUUCUCGAGUCCCUAGCUUAAUCCAGGAUGGCAAUUGUUUUACCAGUUGCAAAUGCACACCUGAUUUUGCAGAAAUACCGCCGGAGGGAAAGAAGUUCAUCUCUGAGAAAGGUCUUGUUGCUGUUCUAUUGCUAUGUGUUGUGUUCACAAUCACUGUUCUUUUCACUUCUGUGGCAUGUUAUUUCUAUCACAAGGAUAAGUGCUCUGCACGACCAGCACUGCCAUCCUCUGUGAAAGGCACAAACUGGAAUAGCGUGGCCAACUCAACAAGCAACCAAUCAGCUUCCAUGCAAGGGUUUUAUGUCAACACCAGCUUCUACCCCAGACCAAUCAUUGGAAUUGUGCGCAAGCUUUCCUUCAUAUUUGGAAGGGAAAAAGGAGGUUUACCAGGGGCAAUCACCCAAUUUGCGUUUGUUGAAUUAGAGCAAGCAACCAAUAGAUUCUCAAACACCAAUUUAGUAGGGCUUGGAGGGAGCAGCAACGUAUACCGUGGUGAGCUUAACGGUGUAGGAGCUGUGGCCAUUAAGAAACUGAAAGCAAUUGGCGAUGAUUAUGAGUUUUUGACUGAGAUUGAACUUCUAUCAAGACUAAACCAUUGUCAUGUGGUACCUCUGCUGGGUUACUGCUUAGAGUCCCAGGGUAAGCAAUCCGAGAGGCUGCUAGUGUUUGAAUAUAUGUGUAAUGGUAGCCUCCGAGACUGUCUGGAUGUACAAGCAACCAAACCUAUGGACUGGGGAACUCGUGUCAUUAUUGCUAUAGGUGCGGCGAAGGGCUUGGAGUAUCUACACGAAGCUGCUGCUCCAAGAAUAUUGCAUCGGGACAUCAAGUCCACCAAUAUUCUUUUAGAUGACAAGUUCAGAGCUAAGAUAACCGAUCUCGGUAUGGCAAAACGCCUAAUGUCUGAUGAUGCAGUAGCUAGUUGUACCAAUUCACCCUCAAGAAUGUUGGGGACUUUCGGAUACUUUGCUCCAGAGUAUGCUAUUGUGGGAAAGGCUUCACUAAAAUCCGAUGUUUUCAGUUUUGGAGUUGUUGUCCUCGAAUUGAUCACAGGCCGUCAACCCAUCCAGAAAACAGACAACGGUGAUGAUGAAAGCCUUGUGAUGUGGGCAGCAGCUCGGUUGCGAAACAGUAGGCUGGUUGUCACAGAAUUGCCUGACCCUCUGCUGAAAGGGAAGUUCCCUGAAGAGGAGAUGCAGAUAAUGGCUCAUUUAGCAAGAGAGUGCCUGCAGUGGGAUCCAGAAUCUCGACCAACAAUGAGUGAAGUUGUUCAAAUUCUCUCAGUAAUUGCACCCGAUAAGACCAAGAAGAAAAACUUGCGAGAUGACAUAUUCAUGACUUCAUCCACAGAGAUCAUGAAGAAGGUGGCUGAGAUUGAGAGCAGUGAGGGUUGUAGGGUGGAAACGAUAAAAAGGAGCAGCGUUGUGUCAGUGGGAUGCAAUGCUUGUUGUAGUACUGCCUCUCUGCUGCCACUGCCAUCAACAGCUGAGGAUGAUGAUACACAGAACGAGGAAGACAUGAUUGUUUGUCAGGAAUACUUGGAGGGACUGAUGAUGAUACACUCCAGCAGGCCGGUGUCCGAUGCUGAAAUUGUGGACUCCUAUGAACCCCGUUUCGAAUUAUUUCUGCAGCCACUUUGAUUCAAUUCCCAAGUACUUACUUAUAUGUCAUCACUAGCAGCAGCAGCAGCAGCAGCAGCAGCAGCAGCACAUAUUUUGUCCAUGAAUAACACUGCAGUUUGUUUUUAAUAAUAAUGAUGAUAAAAAUAAUUCUGAGAGACUAUCAUGUGAAAUGUGGAUCAUUUACCACUUGUUGUUGUUGUAUGAUCCUGCACU